AGAAUCAGACAGGCUGAGAGAGAGAGAGAAGAUAGAAAAGAGAGGGAGAAGAAAGGCUUAAUUAAUUCAGGGUGGAUGGGAGGGAUGUUGCCGCUGUCCCUGUCGAGGCUCCAGUACCUCUGUUGUCGUGCUGCAUGUAGCCGCGUGUUGGUGUGAGGAGAGCGGGAGAGCAGAGGACGACUCGCCUGCUACACACUGUAGACACUACGGUCCAGCCCCGCCGCAUCCUGGAGCCAGCUGGCCGACUUGUCUGAAUAGCUGGGGCUUCACUAAACCACUGAACAGGGAUGUUACAUGGACUGUGGCUGGAGCUGUGAUGGCCAGAGGUCAGAGAAGAUGUUUUUUGUUGCAGACCUGCUGAAGAAACCUUGUCCAUGAUGAGUGCAGACAGUCCCCAUACAUCCUUUGUUUUUAUAUUUUGCCAUUCAAAGUGAUAAUACCAAUAUUCGCAGCAGCUCUGCAAUAUUCAGUGUGUGAAAGCGACGAGCCCCAGCUUCAGCCGAACACUUCUCAGUUGACCAUCAUCCUCAGUUUUCUGCUUUCGGCAUUUCUCCUGUGGCCUCAGUUGUUUAGACCUCAGCUCACAAGGUGCUUGUUCUAAAGAGGCAGCGAUGACAUUCCAAAACCUCUUCAGCUCAGUCUUAUUACACAACCUGACCCAAGGAUAACCAUCAAUCCCCACAGCGGCACUCGUGUACCGACACACUCCCAGACACAGAGCCACUUCCCCGGCUUCAGGCAGUAUGGGAGACGGGAGCUGGGUAUGUCUGAGCCCAGCUGAGUUUGCACAGCUGCAACAAUACAGUGAAUACUCCACGAAGAAGCUGAAGGAUGUGCUGGAGGAGUUUCACGGUGAUGGAGUCCUUUCCAAAUACAACCCGGAGCAGAAGCAAGACGUUCUCAACCAACCCAUUGAUUAUGAGGGCUUCCAGCUCUUCAUGGCCACAUACCUGGAGAAUGACAUCCCAGAGGAGCUGUGCCAGCACCUCUUCACCUCCUUCAAGAGCAAGACGGGAGGCUGCUCUCCUGAUCAGUCUCGUGCAGGAACGAGCUUGCUGGAAGCCCGUUCCAUUGAUGCAGGCAUCUCUAUUCAGACCGAAGUGGCCUGUGCCCCCAUUACAGGGAUGAACGGGAAAAGCAUCCUUUCUGCAAUGGGCCGACACACACCGGAGCACUCCAGUGUGAUGAGCACAGCAGGCUCAGGAGCCACCACCUCGCCUUGUUCAUCUCGCUCCUCCUCGCAGCGCUCAGGGACAGGGGCCCAUACGCCUGGGGGGCCCCACAGAUCACCCUGCACCCAGGUCAAAACCUCAGAGGGCAGCAGCAACGCCCUGACCCCCAACGCUGGUCCUGCCAGGUCACCGGUGUCCCCCAAACUUUCACCAGAGAGGAGCCACUCGGAGAAGCAUUUGUCACUGCGGAGGAGCCCAUCGCCCCAGAAGGGCUCCCUUCUGCUGUCGCCCCAGGUGGUCUUUCUCAAGGACAUCGUCUGCUACCUCUCCCUGCUGGAGAGGGGGACACCAGAGGACAAGCUGGAGUUCAUGUUCCGGCUGUACGACACUGAUGGGAACGGAGUUCUGGACAGCUCGGAGCUGGAUCGCAUCAUCAAUCAGAUGGUGCAUGUGGCGGAGUAUCUGGAGUGGGAUUCAACAGAACUGCGGCCGAUACUGAAGGAGAUGAUGGAGGAGAUCGACUACGACAGAGAUGGGACGGUCACACUGGAGGAGUGGAUCAGAGGAGGACUCACCACCAUCCCUUUACUGGUCCUGCUGGGCAUGGAUACGAAUGUACAGGAGGACGGGCAGCAUGUUUGGCGUCUGAAGCACUUCAACAAACCAGCCUACUGUAACUACUGCCAGACCAUGCUGCUCGGAGUCCGCAAGCAGGGCCUCUGCUGCUCCAUAUGCAAGUACACAGUACACGAGCGGUGCGUGUCCAAAGACAUCGCCGCCUGCAUCAGCACCUACGCCAAGUCACGUAGACACACCAACGCUAUGCAGCAUGUAUGGAUGGAGGGAAACUCUCCUACCAAGUGCGACCGCUGUCACAGAAGCAUCAAGUGUUACCAGGGCCUGACGGGCCUGCACUGUGUGUGGUGUCAGAUCACUCUCCAUAAUAAGUGUGCGUCUAAUUUGAAGCCAGAGUGUGAUGGAGGAGCCUUGAGGGACCACACUCUGCUGCCCUCGUACAUCUGCCCUGUUGUCUUGGAUCGUCAUUCUGUGGUGAAACGCGGUGAGGGGGAGUCUCCACCCAGCACGAGCCCCGAUGACACCAACCAGACUUUCAAAUUCUCCCCUGGAGACGGACAAGCACUGCAGAUCACCCCUCUCCCAGGAACUCACCCACUCCUGGUCAUGGUCAAUCCCAAAAGUGGGGGGAGACAGGGGGAGCGGGUACUGAGGAAGUUCAGGUACCUCCUCAACCCCCGGCAGGUAUACAGUUUGGAUCGAGGGGGACCAAUGGUAGGGCUCAACUUUUUCCAUGAUGUCCCAGAUUUCCGGGUGCUUGCUUGUGGGGGUGAUGGCACUGUGGGUUGGAUACUCGACUGUAUAGAUAAAGCCAACUUUGCCAGGCACCCCCCAGUGGCCAUCCUCCCUCUGGGCACAGGGAACGACCUGGCACGCUGCUUACGCUGGGGAGGAGGUUACGAAGGUGGCAGCUUGUUGAAGUUUCUCCGGGACAUCGAGCACAGCACAGAGGUGGUGCUCGACCGCUGGAACAUCGACAUCGUCCCUGAUGACAAGGAGGAGAAGGGAGACCCCGUCCCCUACAGCAUCGUCAACAACUACUUCUCUAUUGGAGUGGAUGCCUCCAUCGCUCAUCGCUUCCAUCUGAUGCGGGAAAAGCACCCGGAGAAGUUCAACAGCAGGAUGAAGAACAAGCUGUGGUACUUUGAAUUUGGCACCACUGAGACCAUAUCUGCCACCUGCAAGAAGCUCAAUGAAUGCAUAGAAGUGGAGUGCGAUGGGAUCAUCUUGGACCUCAGCAACACCUCCUUAGAAGGCAUCGCUGUGCUCAACAUUCCCAGCAUGCACGGCGGCUCCAACUUGUGGGGUGAGUCGAAGAAGAGGAGGAACUACAACCGCAUGAGCAAGAAGGUUCCCGACAGGAUGCCCGGCAGCACUGUCACAGAUACCAAAGAGCUCAAAUUUUGCGUGCAAGACUUCAGUGACCAGCUGUUGGAAGUGGUUGGCCUGGAAGGGGCAAUAGAGAUGGGACAGAUCUACACUGGACUGAAGAGUGCAGGACGCAGACUAGCUCAGUGUGCCAACGUCACCAUCAGGACGUCCCGACGGCUGCCCAUGCAGAUCGAUGGCGAGCCCUGGAUGCAGCCCCCCUGCACGAUCAGGAUCACGCACAAGAACCAGGUCCCCAUUUUACUGGGCCCGCCUCAGAAGACGCCGUUCUUUUUCUUCAAGAAACGCAACCGGAGCCGCGAUUAGGAUACAUGCAUGCACGCACAACAAACACACAAACAAACUCACAUAUACAGUACAUAUAUGCACACACACACACACACAUGCCAACUACCGUAUAGGCAGCUCCAUCAGAUGACUGGUACACUGUUCCCAGUUUGGAGUUUGAAAAGUGUCAAAGUCAGGAUGCCUACAGAUAAUUAAUUCCCAGGGGAAUCUGCAGUGACAGCACACGAAAAGAAAAGACUCAGUAUACAGUACCGACCUAUUCCUGUGUAACCAUCAUCCUUUACUCGUGUCCCAGCCGCCAUGGGUUUAAUCUCAGCCACUUGGCAACAGCAGGUGUUUCUCAGUCCAACCUGCCCCCCUUUGCCCAAAAAACUCAGCCAUAUGCCAGUACUGCACUGCCUGCUAAACACAACUUUGGCUGCUGGGAUUCCCUCACAUCCCUUGAAUGAAGUAAAGGAAGUGAUAGUGAGGGGAUGGAGGGUUGAAGAAGCCGGUCGUAUGAGAAAGAAAGAGUGGAAACACACUACAAUGGGAAAGAGAAGUGAGAGUGGUGUGGCAGUAAGCAGAGUUGUUUACAAGGGCAGUGAGUAAACAGAGUAAGAUCCACCUCUUCGUUAAAACACCUGUAUGAAUAAUGAAACAGCGGUUGCUUGUAAGAGCGCUCGCUCCCGGGGCCUCCCCGCAGACUGGCGGCAUGGUACAGCCGAGGAGAGGAGUGGAAAAGCCUCAUCCAUUAUUGACUCAUUUUGUCUGCGGGUUGAUGGCACUGGGACGUAACAAUGGCCUGUUAUAGGUGGAAGCAUGCAGGGAUUUUAGCCUCUUAGCAUCACUGGCCUACAAAAAAAAGUAUGGUUAAAACCAGACUGUGUGGAUGAUCCGGCUGUAGACCUCAGGCAAAGGACGUGCUUGUCCAGUUGUGCACAGUUAUCUGCGUAGAGUCUAGAUUGGAGAGAAACUCAUUUGUCCUCUGUGCUUGGUGACGUGAACACAACUGUCCCAAUCAAAUCAGCUCCUGUGCACCAUAUGCCAUAGGAAGCUUCCACUGGGUCAAGGAUUGAAAUAAAUCCCCUCAAGGGUAUAACAGCACGGCCCCCAGGGUUUUUAUUUACCACUGCAUUGACAGGGGGACUAAAUUUAUCCCUCUAUUUCAGGGAGGGUGCAUCUCUCCUCCAGUGAAACCCUACGCCUAAUUACCGUGUCAAACAUCAACUCGCAAUGUCAAGUGUGCUGUGAGAGUGCAAAUCCCGGAGACUGCCCCUGCUGUAAGGUGCUGGGUGGCUUCAUCGUGUUCAUGAUUUGUUUAAUUACACCAAAUAAAGAUGUGAUGGCGAUGGGAUGAAUUUUGUUCUCACCAGAGAAGACGGAAGAUGGAUAUAUCAUUCAGAGAGCAGGGAGCUUAGUUCAGUGUUUAUAAAGAAUGUAUCCAUAUUACUGUCCCCACAAUAUGGCAAACUAUAUUAUACAGUAUGUGCAGAAAGAGUAUAUGUAUAUUUCUGGAAAGUAGGUAUAGCUCACUUAUACUGUACACACGAAUGUGUUUUUAAUAUAUCAUUGUUAUUCAUGUGGAAAUCUUAGCUUAGAAGGGUUCAGAUCAGUAUUCUUCACUGUACAGAGCUGCUACACUCACUGUCUGAAGGCAGUUUUCCACUUUGUCUAAUUCACAUUGUGUAAUUGUGAAUGUAGCGCUGUGUCGGCUUCUCUUCUCGGCUUGGAAACAGAAAAAGAAUUAAAAUGACUGAAUGUGUGACAAAAUAAUCUCACGGUUCACAGUCCAGCUUUAUACAUGAUCUUCAUCAGCAAAUUGAUCAGUCUCAAAUCCUCGUAUAUGAAAGUAGAACUGGACCAAUAUUCAGAUUUAUUACAGAUAUAUUGUAUCACUGUAUGUGUUGGCUGAUUUUGAAGUAAUUUAAGGAAACAAAGAGUCUACAGCUGUGCAAGCAGCCCUGUGAGGCUACUGUUAGCAUGCUAUCAUGUUCACAGUGACAAUGCUGUAUCUCAUUUCUCAUACUUCCAUUUGCUAUUUCGAGUCCAUAACUGUCACUUAUGGCAAAAUGCAGUGUACUUUGAGUAUCCAAAUGGUUCACUCGUAACAGUCAAAGAGUUGAGUGUGGAUCGCUCUCAGUGGUCGUCUUUUUGGCUAUGUAGUAGAAGGGAAGGGACCACUGGCAUUGUGAAGGAAGCUGCUGGAGAAUGGGAUAAUAUACAAAUAUAAGUUGCACAUAGGUUUUCUAUUUAUAUUUUGAUGGUAAAUGUUUUAAAAUGUUUGAAUAAGGUUACGUCUGGGGCAACUGGACUUAACCUUUUUGACGAAAGAUGACCUGGACGACCCUCACAGAAUUGUUGGCGUUAAUGAUCCACCACGGCAAUCGGUAAAGGAGAAGAAAAAAAAAUGUUUUCAUUUCCAGGACUCAAAUUGAGAGAACAUGAACCUGUCAAAAUGAAGAAGUACAGAGUGUACACAGUGUACUACAUACAAGUGUACUGAUGGAAGUAUCUGAAUUGAGACACAGCUUUAGUCUAGCAUGUUAGCAUGCUAAUAAGUACAAUAUAGUCUGAAGGGAAUGUCAUGAAACGUUAAGGUAUCUUUUGAGUUAUUGCAGUUUGAGUGGAGCAUGAAGGUCUGUACCAAAGCUCAUGGUGAUCUAUACAUUCCACUCAAAACUACAAAUCUGAAUCUAGCAGUGAGGCUAGAGAAGAAGUCAGUGGAUCACCAAGUCAGAAGGGUCUAACCUUUGGUGACCAUGAAUGUCUGUACAAAGGUUCAUAGCAAUGCAUCAAAUAGUGGUCAAUUGACCGACCAACAAUCGCCAUCGCCAGAUUCAUGCGCAGCUAAAAACUGUUUCUCUGACAGAGAGUAAAUCAUUUUUCAAGGAAAAUGUCUCUCUCACCAUUUCUUGGUCACAAUUCUUAUGUCAGUAUGUUUAUGUAAAAAAACAACAACAACACAAGAACAACCAAUAUAUGGUCAUCACAUAUCAAUAUUGGCCAAUAUUGGUUGUAUAAGGUGAUGCGUGGACCUUGAGUUGAGAUUAUUUCAUCACACACUUUUACCAUGUGGUCAAGAUGUUCAAAAUAAAUUUGACACUGAAACUCAAGGGAGGGUAAAUGUUCAAAUGUUAAAACCCUGUAUGUGAUGUGAAUUAGAUGAUUGUGGAAAACUGUCUUGCACCCUGCUGAUACGUGCAGGGCGGAGAGAGACUGCUGAGAUGUUCUGGUGGUACAAACUGAGCUCCACUGUAUAGGGUCAGGCUUUGAUGCCUUUGGACCCUGGUUCCCUUUAAAAAACACUGAGUCUUUACUCUGGCACCCAGGCCCCAUGAAAACAUUCCAGUGUACAUAUACUGACAUUUACCGUACCCAGAUGUGAUAUCGGGUCCCUGCAAACAGCAUCAAACAUCAAGUUACUCGUUACUGUUACUUGAAUCCAUCAAAAUGGUUUUAUUUAAAUAUUUACCAACUGAAAGCCAUCCAACAUAACUAAUAUAAUCUUAAUAUUACAGCAACACUGUGGGAAUGUCACAAGAUAAGAAAUACAGCACAUCGUCGUCUUUUUCAUUUGUAGUUGACCCCAAUGGAGCCUGGGUGCCAAGAGAACUCAGUCUGAAAUGAGUGCAUGUUUACAGUUAUUUUCAAUUUACUGAAAGAAUGCUUUGAGACAACUGUAUUACCAAGUGUAUAUAUCUGUUUAUAAUAUUUUAUCUGAAGUUAACUUACAUCACCGCAUGCCUGCUGAAACAAAAGGAGAGUGAACAAAACGGAGAGUGUGGAUCAGACUAUUCAAACUCAUGUCUUUGCUUCAAGGUUCCAGUUAUCUGAUAUAUUUAUUUGUUGUGCUUUUCAUUUCUUUUUUUGUCAGCAUGUUUAUGAACAUGUUCAAGAGAGAUGGCGGGAAGAAGCUGUCUUGUUACAUUAAAAAAAAAGAGAAAAAAAAGAAAGAAAGAAUUCCCACAUGAAGUUUCUACCAUUACAACCUCCAUUUGUGGUUUAUUGUCCAAUCAGUGGGCAGCAACAUGAAAGCCCACGCAAAGCCCGUCAGUGUGAAUUUCCAAUGUGUACCACAAGUCAUGUCUAUUCCUGUCCUGUAAAGUAAUCAAUUGCCUUAACAGAUAAAUGUACCCGCUCUGUGCUCACAGCUUUGCACAGGGCUCACACAGAAGACAGAGGAAAGUAGACAUGGCACAGAAACAACCAUUCUUUGUGGACAUUUUUAAAUGUUGGUCUAAAAAUGACCAGAGAGGAUUGGCUUUAACCUUGAUUGUCAGCAACCAGACCCUCAGCAUUCAGACGAGUAAAACACAGAAGAUUCUAUCAGUGCUUUUGUGUCAUUCUAACCUUCAGGUAGCAGCGGAGGCUGGCCAACAUCACGGUAAUGGACUGAUGUCACGUGAUGCCGCUGAGCUUACCUGUAUUAGCAAACACGGAGGUGAUAUCUGAGUCCAUCUUUAUGUGCAGGUUCAGUUUCCUGAAGUGCGUUCUCUUAAAAAAUGAGCCAGCAAAUCCAAUAAUAUGUUACUCCGUUCUCUCAGUGAUUUGUGAAUAACCUGGCACUGUGGCAAACAUCACAGGAAUCAACGGUCAAUUUGUCUGAUUAUUUUUUUAAAUACAGGAUCAUGUAUGUGGGGCGGACUCAAAGACAUUAGUGCCCAUGUAAUGACACAACAGUGUGGUGACUGAUGUGUUUACAAUAAGAAACGUAUUGAAUAUCACUAGCCUUAUCAUUUAUCCUUUUUUUCUACUUGUAGAUAUUUCAUAACUGACCAGUUGUCACCAUGGAGUUCACCAGGUUCAGUCAAAUUAUUAAAUACAAAUCCACCCAUGGGCACUCAAAUAUAUCAAAGUAUGAUGUUCAUUCCCGGGGCUGUUUUGUGUCGUUUUUCUUCCCUUCAGCCAGUCUGCUUCACUUGUAUUCUGAGAAUGCGGUCUGACAACAAGUCAGACAGGUUUCCAGUUGUAAACAGAGUCUAAGUCCUCUCAUCCACUCAGACUACUCGUGAUGGAAAAGCCUCUUUGAUUUCUCCCUCUGUGAUUUUUGAAAUACACAUUUUUGAGCCAGGAGAGAAUCCUCUGACUCUGAGGUCACAAUAAACUUCCUCUUUCUGGAGAAAUGUGGAAUUCAUUUUCUUGCGGAUAGUUAGAUGAAAAUAUCAAUAGAAUCAGGGGUGGCAGGGGUUAGCUUAGCAUAAAGACUGGAAGCAGAGGGGAAACAGCCAGCCUGGUUCUGCCUACUAACAACUCUAACGCUCAACAAUUAACCUGCCGUGCUUCAUGUGUUCAGUCUGUAUGUUAUUAAAGCAACAAGUUGUGAUUUUA